GGGCGUUGAUAAGAAUUUGUGUGUUCUGUGAAACGCAAGCCUUAACAUGAAGAAGGAGAAGAACGGUAGCCCAGAUUUGGAGGAGUAUGUAUAAACGAAGCACCGCUUUUUUCUCACAUUGGCGCUGAGAACACAAAGAUUCACACAAACACCACUCAUCCCUCUCUUUCUCUCUCACCGUUUAACAUUAGAUCGAACCUUCUUUCAUCUUCAUCUUCCUCGCCGGACGGAGAUUACUAUGUCACUCACAAUUACAUCUUAAAUUCAAUCCAAAGCUUGCUUGCUGGGUGUAAAUCUGCAGUGGACUUUGGGAAGGCAAAAUCUGUCGUUGCCGUUAAAGCUAGUUGUACCCGAGGGCUUUGUUCUUUACAUUGUCAUCUUUGUUGUUCUUAGACUUACUUUUUGGCUUUGGUGGUGGUUGUUGUUGUGGUGAUGCGUGUUUCCUCGGACUAAUGAUUAGUUCAACUGGAAAGUCAACAAGUCCUAACGAUUUUACGACUGAGAAGAUAGGAACUGAACAACGUGACAUGUCUGAAAAAACAACUCAGGUUGGCUCUGAAUGUUUAGACAAAGAACAAAGUGUGCUUGGUACUGUAGUAACCGAUUCUGUUAUCGAUGAAAAAUCAAAUAAUAUUUCGGUGAAUAUGACUGAGAAUUCUGUUAUUCAACUGCCUGGAGAAAUGAGAGAUGCAGUAACUACCCUUGUUGAAGAACAACCACAACCCGUUCCUGUUCAAGUGAAAUCAAAUUCUGUGAAUGAGCUAUUGGAUCCACCUUCUGGAGAUGUUGCGAAAAAUAUUAGUUCUCAAAACGAACCUGGUGAAACUAGUGAUGCAGUUACUGGCCUUGUUGAAGACCAAACACAAUCUGUUCCUGCUCAAGUGAAAACAGAAUCUUCUGGAGACGCUGCGAAGAAUAAUAGUUCUGAUUGUUCAGAAAGAAAGUCUAAAAACUUGGGUCAAAUGCGAGUGAAACAUGGGGCAAUAAAAAACUCAAAAUUAUCGAAGAAGUAUGUAUUAAGGUCGUUAGGAAGCAGCGACAGAGCUCUGCGGUCGAGGACAAAAGAUGACAAACCUAAAGAUCCUGAACCUAUUAAUACUGUUACUGAUGUUAAUAAUGAUGAAAUCAAGACAAAAGAAAGGAGGAAGAAGAAGAAGAAAAAGACAAGAAAAGAGGGAAUUAAUGAUCAAUUUUCUAAAAUCAGAGCUCAACUGAGAUAUUACUUGAACCGAAUAAGCUACGAGCAAAACUUGAUUGAUGCUUAUUCUGGUGAGGGCUGGAAAGGAUCCAGUAUGGAAAAAUUAAAGCCAGAGAAGGAGAUUCAACGGGCCAAGUCCGAAAUUCUGCGACGCAAAUUAAAAAUCAGGGAUCUAUUUCAAAAUUUGGAUUCAUUGUGUGCUGAAGGAAGGCUUCCUGAAUCUUUGUUUGAUUCUGAGGGAGAGAUUGAUAGUGAGGAUAUAUUCUGUGCAAAAUGCCAGACCAAAGUGUUGGGUACUAAUAAUGAUAUAAUUCUCUGUGAUGGUGCUUGUGACCGUGGGUAUCACCAGCUCUGUUUGGAUCCUCCAUUGUUAACUGAAGACAUUCCACCUGGCGACGAGGGUUGGUUAUGCCCAGGAUGUGAUUGCAAAGAUGACUGCAUUGAACUUGUUAACGACUUGUUAGGGACAAGUCUCUCUCUUACUGAUUCCUGGGAGAGGGUUUUUCCUGAAGCAGCUACAGCUGCUGGAAGUAUCUUGGAUCACAACCUGGGACUUCCUUCAGAUGAUUCUGACGAUGAUGAUUAUAAUCCUGAUGGUCCAGAGGAUGUGAAGGUUGAAGGCGGCAAAUCAAGUUCUGACGAAUCUGAGUAUGCAUCUGCUUCUGAGAAAUUCGAGGAUCCAGGCCAUGAGGAUCAAUACAUGGGUCUUCCUUCUGAAGAUUCAGAGGAUGAUGAUUUUGAUCCCGAUGCUCCCAAUCCUGGUGCUAAAGACAUUGAAGAAAGUUCAAGUUCCGAUUUCACAUCUGAUUCUGAGGAUCUUGCUGCUACAAUUAAGGAUAACAUGUCCACCGGACAAGAUGAUGUCACAUCUGCACCGUUGGAUGAUGUUAAGAACUUCAAAGGUUCUAGUAAACAAAACCGUAAGAAGCCAUCUAUAACCGAUGAACUGUCAUCUUUAGCAGAGCCAGAUCUCGGUGAAGAAGAUUUGACUCCGGUUUCUGGGAAAAGAAAUGUUGAAAGGCUGGACUACCAAAAGCUGUAUGAAGAGACAUACCAUAGUGAUACUAGUGAUGAUGAAGAUUGGGCCGACACUACUACUCCAAGUAGAAAAAAGAAACUCACCGCCAAAAUAACUCCAGGGUCACCAAAUGGAAAUGCCUCAAAUAAUUCCCGCCGUACUGCCAAGAGGAACACCCAUCAGCAUAAAGUUGAAAAUACAAAUAAUUCACCCACCAAAACACUUGAAGGAUGCACGGAAUCUGGUAAAAAACGUGGAUCUUCAUACUGUAAACUUGGAGAAGCUGUUGUUCAGAGACUUCACAAAUCUUUCAAAGAAAAUCAAUAUCCAGAACGAACCGCAAAAGAAAGCUUGGCGCAAGAACUGGGACUCACUUUUCAACAGGUUGACAAAUGGUUUGGCAAUUCUCGUUGGAGGUUCCGACAUUCAUCAUGUAAGGAGGCCAGUCCAGGUAGUAAUGCUUCACAGCAGGCCAAUGACAGUGGAGCUAAAAAUAAAGGAGAUAAUGCUUCGCAGCAGGCCAGUGAAAGCGGAGCUGAAAAUAAAGGAGAUAGGGGUAAUGCUUCGCAGCAAGCCACUGACAGCGGAGGUGAAAACAAAAGAGAGACGGAGCAUCAACUAGUUUCCCAGGAGACUAGUGGAGAAAAAUCGAAAACCCCAAGCUCGAAGAAAAGGAAGCGUUUGUCUGAGCCGCAGACAUCUGAAGCAGGGCUGGUCCGUAACGGCUCAACCUUUGAUUGCUUACCGGUAGCUGGCACAAGCAAUAAAAUGAAGAAAAAGAAGGGGAAAUGACAUAAUUUCCUUUUCGUAAGGUAGCAAGAUUAUUGUACCUAUCGUUGUGAGAUUGAGAUCCUCGGGUGAUCAUCAGCUUGGAUCUCAAACGAUAUUCUUGGAGGUAAUCUAUCAUUUGUGUCAUUGUUUGUACUUUUAAAAAGUACCUAUUCAGGUAUUCAUGUCAAUUGACUUAGUUUUAGAGUCCCCUCAUGCAAACACUUAAAAAUAGUUGUCAGGUAGCAGUUUUGGAAUUUUUUUUCCUUUUAGUUAUGGAGACCUUAUUGUUUCCACCAAAUGAUGUUUUUUUUUUCUUCUUUUCCUUUUAGUAUCUCAAGCUUCAAUAUCUUGAUGUAUUGUGCCAUGUCGCAUCACUAUUAACAAAAUGUCAAAAAUCUAAUGUGAGCAUCAUUUAUAUGGAUGCCGAUUAAAGGAUUCUUUGAGAAAUGGAGAUAUUUUCUAUGGAAUA